UGUUCGGUGCGCCCGCUGCUUUUACAUUCCGCGCUUGUGCAACGCAGACCCUAGCUAGGUAGGUUCACCUGCUGGAGUGUAGUCGCACUGAAACCUACAGCAACGCACGCACACCCACGCUUGAGGUAAACCGCGGCCCUGUAAAUAAUCAUCCGUCUGUCUGUCCGCCUUCCGUCUCAGACCUCGCAUUGCCGGACACUGUGUUCGUGCCCGCGAUGGGUUGGUGAUUCGGCGCUCGACAACCUGUGGCGGGCAGGCUUCGCCGUCGAUGAUUCGGCGCUCGGCAUCGCGCCUGUGCUCACAAUGAAUGGCCGCCUGUAGCGAGAGAGAGGGAGAGAAACGCGGCUGGCUCCUCCAUUGAAACACGUUCCAGCGGCUUAACAGUGCGGCGGACCCGGCAGUGCUGGGUGUAGCACCAUGGCUCAGACGCUGCAGAUGGCUAUUCCCAAUUUUGGCAACAACGUCUUGGAGUGUCUGAAUGAGCAGCGGCUGCAAGGCCUGUACUGCGAUGUCUCUGUGGUGGUGAAAGGUCAUGCCUUCAAGGCACACCGUGCUGUUCUGGCUGCCAGUAGCUCCUACUUCCGGGACCUCUUCAACACGGGUGGCAAGAGCUCUGUGGUGGAGCUGCCCUCGGCUGUGCAGCCCCAGAGCUUCCAGCAGAUCCUGUCCUUCUGCUACACUGGCCGUCUCAGCAUGAAUGUCGGUGACCAGUUCUUGCUCAUGUAUACCGCUGGCUUCCUGCAGAUCCAACAGAUCAUGGAGAAAGGUACAGAGUUCUUCCUCAAGGUCAGCUCUCCCAGCUGUGACUCACAGGGGCUGCAGGCUGAAGAGACCCCAUCUUCAGAGCCCCAGAGCCCUGUCACGCAGACUUCCACUGCAGCAGCGGCACCAGUGGGCAGUGUCACCACAGGAGGUGCACCGGGAAGCAAUGGGGGUGUUGCUGCUACUACAGUCAGCCGCCCAGCUUCCUGUCUCACCCCUUUAUCCCUGGUGUCUCGGGUGAAGAUGGAGCAGCAAGAGGCUUCCUCCUACUCUGUGGUCUGUACACCUGUGGCCAAGCGGCUUUGGGAGGGUGGCAGCAGGGAGGCCGGUGGAGGUUCAGGCGGAGGGGGUGGUGGCGGGAUGCGUAAGGCUGCCAGAUUUUCUCUGGAUGGGGGCAGAAGUGGGGGUGCACCGCCACAAGGUGGAGUUGGCAAUGGAGCCCCAGGCACUAGCAACAGUAACAGCAACAACAACAACAAUAAUACCACCUCAGAGGGCACAAGCCCUGGCACCCUGAGUGCCUACACAAGCGACUCCCCAAAUUCCUACCAUGACGAUGAUGAGGAGGAGGAGGUCCCUGAGGAUGGCACAGAGGAGCAGUAUCGGCAGAUCUGCAACAUGUACACCAUGUACAGCAUGCUCAAUGUGGGGGCGGCAGCCAGCGAGCGCGUAGACGCCCUGCCUGACCACAUGGCCUCCGAUACCCGGAAUAGGAUGCGUGUGCGGCAGGACCUGGCCUCUCUGCCCGCUGAGCUCAUCACCCAGAUUGGCAACCGAUGCCACCCCAAGCUGUACGAGGAGGGUGACCCUGCAGAGAAACUGGAGCUCGUCACAGGCACCAGUGUCUUCAUUACGCGGGCCCAGUUAAUGAACUGUCACGUCAGCGCAGGUACCCGGCACAAAGUGCUGCUGAGGAGACUGCUGGCGUCUUUCUUUGACAGAAACACUCUGGCUAACAGCUGUGGAACAGGCAUCCGCUCCUCCACCAACGACCCCAGUCGCAAGCCCCUGGAUAGCCGAGUGCUGCACGCCGUCAAGUUUUACUGCCAGAACUUUGCCCCAAGUUUCAAAGAGAGUGAAAUGAACGCCAUCGCAGCUGACAUGUGCACAAAUGCACGGCGUGUCGUGCGCAAGAGUUGGAUCCCCAAGUUGAAGCUGCUGAUGGCAGAGGGCGAUGCCUACUCCAGCUUCCUCCCCGACACGGUCAAGAUGGAGGCAGAUGGCCUGGCCAGCGAGCAUGGGUUUGAGGCAGCCAGUCUAGAGGCAGGAGGGGCCUCGGCUGAGGGGGGGACCUCAAGCGAGGCCCUGCAGGGAGUUGGGGGUGACGGCAGCACUUUGUUUUAGUAAGUGACCACCCCCCCCAAAAAAAAAUCCACCCCUGUGGGAACACCCUCCUUCCCCACUCCUUCCCUCUGAGCUCCUCCACUAAACAUCCUUACCCUGGACUCCUCCAUUUCACACUGGGUAAAGCUGCCUUUGCUUGACAUGAGGUGGGGGUGGGUGGGGGGGAGGUAAGAGGGUGUUUCUAAGAGAGGAGGUGAACCUAGUCCUGCUCCCUAACACACAGGCUUUUGUUUUGCCCAUGCAGUCCGCAGCGCCACGGUUCAAUAGCUGAAUCAUGUAUUUGUCCCCCCCCCCCACAAUACCUAUCAAACACAUUCCCUUCCAUGGGGGGCGGCAUGGGAGUGGGGAGGGCCCCUUUCAGCUCGCCAGCUCUGUCGCUGUACCUGUUAGUGGCACUGGGCUGCGCUGGGCCACACCUUCUCCAGCCCGCAGCCCCUGCUGCCAGGGCGAGACUGUGGAAGUGGAAUUGCGUGGCCUAAUCGCGCAAUCAUUCAAUCACUCAGUCAGUCACAAAAGGGUUCUUGUCCCUUCCCUCACACCCCAUUCUCCCUUUAUCCUCUGACUUUGCCUAAACCUACAGUGUUGUAUUCGUAUCAGAAAAAAUGUACGGCUUCUGUUUAUUUUUGAGUUGUUGUUUUUUCCUUCCUCUUCAAACUUCUGUGUUCUAAGUGUAACAUGCCAAGGAUCUUGAGAGAGAGGAAAUCGUUAGACUAGAGAAGUACAAGUUGGAGGAGACUUGUGCUCGAGUAUAUUUAUGAUUAUGCAUACAUCUACAGUAUAUGUAUGGAGAUUCAGAGAGCAAUUGUUCUAAAAUCUCAUUUUCAAAGUGAAUUAUUUGUGAAUUUCCCACUAAAGCUUUUCAGUGAGUUUAAAGCAACUUUUUUUUUUUUUUUUUUGCAUUAACAAACCUUAUCCAAAUAAUUAUUUACAUCUGCAGACCCAACAAUGUUGAUUUGUAAGUGUUUGUAUUUCUGUGCUUGAGACUGAAAGAGACUGGCAAAAUUCCUUUUUACUGUUUUCUGAGGUACAGAAAAGGACCUCCUUGCACCAUUUGUAUUUUUGUUUUAUAUUUAUCUAUGAUCCCCUUGUGUUUUCAUGGGCUUCCAGUGUGCAGGCUGGUAUAGCUGUGCCCAGGAAUGCCUGCCUGCCUCCUCACACCCUCUGUGGUUCUGACUGGUGCGGAUGCUGCCCGCCUGGUUCGGGCCCGCCUGCUUCCCAUGACAAAGGGACAUAUGGGAACAGGGGACGUUGGUAAUCUAUCUUGUGUCCUGAUGUGUAGUAUAGGAAGAGUUUAGGGUAUGUGUUCACCCCAUUGGUUGAUCAACAUGGCAGCCCAACCAAUAAGAUUUUGACUAAGGUAAAGAGCAUGGUAGUGUUGCACUGUGUAAAUAGGAAAGCUUUUAUUGUGUUUUGUUGUUUCUCUAAUAUAGCAAUUCUGAAGACCAUAAAUUUCCUAUGUGUGUGGAGGUCACCUGUACGUGAUGGCUAGAUUGUUUGAUGCGUGUCAGUGCACAUGCACACGACACUGGGCACGGACCUACCAACAGUUUGUGCUCCAGUGUUGGUCUCAUUUUAAUGUGUUGAGAGCAUGAUGGGAACUGGGGUAGGGUACACUUAGCUGGACACAUGGAGAUCCCCACACACACCCAGGUCUGAGUCCUGGCAGGUUACAUAAAGCUCUAUCUUUGAGUAAACCUCUCAGGUGUGUGAAAUACCAGCUAUUGAGGGGUGUAAAUCCAGUGGGAGGCAGUGCAGGGAGGCUGUGGGAAUGCUGUAGUGCUUGUGGCAGCACGGAGCCGAACAGCCUUCUGUGCGUUAUGGAGAAGGGAAUACCUUGCGUGCAAGGGAGGGGCUGGGGGCAGUGCGCCAGGGGUGUUGCGUACAUUCCGUGAAGUGGUGUUGCCAGUGUGUAUAGGGACACUGUGCGGGUGCUGCCACCUGAGCGGGGCAUUCUUUGAUUGUCAGCAGACCUCAAGGGCACAGUUCAAACUCCAGUGAAUGAAAUGGCUUUUUAUUGUGGAUAAGCGAUUAAAAACUAAUACAAGUUGACAGAUUUUGUCAUCUACUAUGAAACAUCUCCUUUAAAAGAUGAGGUGAGAUGUCACAUAGAUGGUACCUAUUGCUGAGGUGGGGUCCUGCCUUUCCACCUCUUAUAGUAUUUGAGAAGAUUUGCACUUUUUUAAUUAUUAUUAUGAAUUUCAUUGCUGCCUUAAGGAAGCAGUUGGUGCCUAGGAGUUGGAGACACAGGACUGCCUCCUGGAAUAAUUGUGGUGAGGUCAGGUGCUGGGAGUGAAGAGAAGGUGGAAAGAUGCUUUCAGAGUUGGCAGAGGCAGACCUUGGCGUGCCAUUUAUGGAGGCAGGCGUGUGUGUGUGUGUGUGUGUGUGUGUGUGUGUGUGUGUGUGUGAGAGACCCAGGAAAAUGGGAUGGGAAGCGUGUGGGUGGUUGUGUUUAUGGGGGUGGGUGGUAUGUGUUGAUACAAGGAUGCAGGGGCCUCUGUUUGUUUUGCGUCUGAGUCAUAGUCAGUGAUAACUGCAAACAGUGAGGCGAUCUGUAAGCAGGAGGUUUGGGGGAGGGGAAGGGAAGGCAAGGUA